AGUGCGCAGAUCUAUGUCGUACGUGGUCGAAUACCUUGUACAUGCAGUCUGCUAUCAUCAACUUCCCGAUCGCUGCGAGCAUGUCGCCAGGAGUCCGUUGGUCCUUUGGAAAGUAGGCUCCCACAUAUUUUGGAUUUGCUAUCUCCGGAGGUACAUAGUUGUGAGAGCCUGUAACGAAGGAGAGUGAUCCUGCAAGGUAUCCAAUCGGUACUUACCCACGAAGUCACGAAUCCGUUCAUUGCCGGUAAUCCCUCCCAUCUAUAUAGAAGACACUCUGUUCUACCUUACUGUGAACCACGGCCAUGAACAACACGUUCUCUCGCUCUUUGGCAGACCUCCCAGACAUACUCCACGAGGUUUUCUCCUUCCUCGACCCUGACAUCCACCUCUCGGACGACAAUGCCGUGUACGAGUCUCGCAGGUCGCUUGCGAUUGCCGCGAGGGCCUGCCGUGGGUUCUCGACUCCAGCAUUGAGGGUGCUUUGGAGGCAAUUGCCUGACGAUCAACCUCUCGCCGAUCUCCUUUGUACCCUUGGAGUCGCAGCCAGACGACACGAAACCGAGACGCGGCACGACGAACGUAAACCUGCACGUCAUCGGCUUCCGACCUAUAAAGUCCGAGGACACCCUGAUUUCGUAGGCAUAGAAGCAUACAAGAUCCUCUGGAAGCAAUCUAGAGGGUACGAUGUCAUCUAUUCCUUGAUCUGCUCGGGCGACCCUCGGGCGCAUCCCCACUGGGCCCGCUUCGUGGAGUACGCCUCGCGCGUCCGUGCCAUCACACUCUUCGCAUUCGACGGCCCAAAGUGGUGUGGGCUCUGGGAUGAAUUGCGGUCCGCGACGAACUGUGCCGCAGUCCUGCCAAUGCUCCAAUCGGUGUCUUUCUGCAGCAUUUCCGAGCGUAGUGUCAACCUCGGCACUUUCGCCCUGAUCUCUCCAACCGUGCACAGACUUCACCUCCCCUUCGAGAGUCGGUGGUCUUCGCCGCAGCGGCACGAGAUGUUGUGCACCAUCUUCUCCCGCACAUUCCUCGCCGCCCCCAUUGUUGCGGAGCUCCGCCUUGCCCUCCCGCCCUCCCGCUUCGGCUUGGCUCUACUGCAGACGCAUUGCUCUCGUGUGAGCCAUAUCGAGGUGGAUCCGCAGCUCGAUGUCCAAGAUCUUGGUAUGCUCGCCCAGCUUCCAGCUCUGCGAUCGCUGUCAAUCUCUAUAUCAUUGCUAGCCUAUCCCAGCUGUAGCCUCACCUUCCGCUCUCUCACCACGCUCAAGGUUGCAGGGAGCUGGAGUGAUAUCAGUGCCCUGCUCGAAACACUACGACUUCCGUCGAUGCACACACUCUCCCUAAUGGCUCACGAAAACGGGAAGCCGGCCGCGGAGCUGGCCGAGGGCGCCGCCCAAUGUUUCCGCACUAUUGCCUCUCGCCACGGAUCCAUCACUAGCCUUUCGGUGUUCACGACCAGCCCGGUCCGGCCCUGGGUAUCCGGCUGUGUCCCCCCCAGGAUUCCCGCCGUGCCGGAUCGCUUCGAGGGAAAGCUGAUGGACAUCGUCUAUCCGCUCCUUUCCCUGCAUGCCCUCCGCCACCUCUCCGUCACCCUCCCUACCUACCUCAGACUCACGUGCGUAGCGUCCGACC